GCAAUGCGCAUGCGUCACAUACAGUGCGUUUUCUGGUAGAUGAUUGCAGGGUAAUCCUAGAUUCAGUGAUUUACCUCUUUCAGUUAGGGUUACUGCUUAAGAAAAACCACUAACUUUUUACCCUUGUAGUUUGAUGUAAAAUCGUUGACAAUUUUUAGUUUUUCUUGUUGCUUGUCUCGUCUGGAAAACGGAAGACGGCACUGCUCGUAGAUAUGAAGCAACCAGGAAGUGUUUAAUCGUUUCUCCCACCAGUGUCUGUUAUGAAACUCCUCCGCUUCACCCUGGGAAAAGCGACCUGGAUUUUAACCGUCACUGUUGCCAUCUUAGCAGCGGUCUUUUAUUAUUUUGACGAUACUGCUUCUAGCAAAUAUACGAGCAUGGCUGAGAACAUAAAAACACUGGAAGAAAACUUCAGGGGUCAGAACAAGAGCUGCUUCAUUCUGGGUGCUUCUGGGGAAACUGGAAAGAUGUUGCUUCGAGAGCUGCUGGAGCGAAACAUUUUCUCCAAAAUAACUCUUAUCGGACGAAGACAGUUGACCUUUGGAGACAAAGAGUAUGAAAACCUGGUACAGGAGGUGAUCAACUUUGAAAAGCUUGAUGACUAUGCUGCUGCUUUCAUGGGCCAUGAUGUGGGCUACUGCUGCCUGGGAACAACCAGAGCAAAAGCAGGGGCUGAUGGUUUCAUCAAGGUUGAUCAUGACUACGUUCUUAAAUCUGCUGAGCUUGCCAAGGCUGGAGGCUGUACACAGUUUCACUUGGAGUCUUCCAGAGGAGCUGAUAAAAACAGUAACUUCCUCUACCUCAAAGUCAAGGGCCAAGUGGAAGCUGAAAUUGAGGCUCUGGGUUUUGACAGAUUAGCCAUUUACAGACCAGGGGUUCUGUUAGUAGACAGACAAGAGAGUCGACCGGGAGAGUGGCUCGCCAGGAAGUUCUUUGGUGCCGUCUCUGCCGUUUGUUCCACUUCCAUGUCCAUCCCAAUCCAAGCGGUGGCAAAAGCGAUGGUGUCCAACACUCUGCUUCAACCUGAGCAGAAGGCAGAGAUCCUGGAGAAUAAGGACAUUUUCAGUCUAGGAAAAGUAAAGGAAAAUAAAUAAGCAUGGAAGAACUACAGAGGUGACCAGAUUCUUCAGGCCUCAUCAAGAUGUUUUUGGAGUACUUGAAAACAGAUAUUGCUAAUUCCAAAGAAUGUUAAUGAAGUAAAGCGAUUUCUUCAUAAAGUGAAACAUCUUUAGGAGGGAUUUUAUUGUUCCAUUUUGUAUUGUGAUGUUUAUAUCUGAGGGAAAUGCCAAACUUGUUAGCAUUCUUUAAUUGUACUCUGAAACACUAAACUACUGCCUUAAACUGAAUGUGUGAACAUGUUAGGAUGUACAUACAUAUAUUGUUAAACAAAUUCAGUAAAUGAUAUUACAUAUUUAAGUGUGUUUAAAAAAAAUAAAUCAAUAAAAUAUUUCCAUGUACAAUUUUA